AAGCCUCUCCUUCGCUGGCAUGCUUGUCGGAUUUUUCAAACCAAAAACAACAUAGUUUAGCUAAAGAGGAAAUAAAAUGAGCUCCCAGAAAGGAAACGUGUCUCGCUCACGAGCUCAGAAGCAUCAAAACAGCACCGCCUUCAAAAACGACAAGUACGGAGCGACUGCACAGGUGAAGAAGGCGAAUUCAAAGAUCCAUGAUGGACUCUGUCAACACUGUAAAGGUGUUCUCGAGUGGAAAGUCAAGUACAACAAAUACAAACCACUAACACAACCCAAAAAGUGUGUCAAAUGCUCUCAAAAGACAGUAAGGGAUGCAUAUCACAUUGUUUGUAAGCCCUGUUCGCUUCUGCUUGAGAUCUGUUGCAAGUGUGGGAAGAAAGAAGAAAUCAUUAUUCCGGUGAACUCACACUUAGACCAGAAGGAACAAGAAGACGAAGAGAAAAAGAAAGGACGAGGGAAAGAAGAAGAAGAGGAUUUUGACUCUGAUGACAAUAAUAAUGAUGAUGAUGAUGAUGAUUUUGACAACCUUGAGGAUGGACAAGAUGAUUCGGACAGAGACUUGAAACAGAAUCAUUUAUCCAAAAAAAUAUGACAUUUUUCCAGACGUGUCUUUGCUAAAUGUUAAAGAUGAAUGUUUUUUUUUUUUUUCAAUAAAUAAACUUAGUGAGGUUUUUGUCAUGGCUUCUAACAAGCUGUGAGCAACACACGACAGAAAGAAGCUGAUUGUUGCAGGAAAACAGGCUGAAAUUUACAUUCAUCUUUUCAGUAUUUCCUUUUUUUUUAUUAAAACAUUGUUUAGUUUUACUUAAAUUUUCUAAUACCAGUGAAAUGACAAAAUUCAAGACCCUGUUUUGUUUUGAAGUUUGAUUUACUUUCUGGCCACAAUUUUUUUUUUUUAGCAAAUAGUUUUCUAUAAGAAAUUAUAAUACAAAGCUAAAACAUUUUUUUCAGUAUUUCUUUCCUACAUUUGCCAUACAGUUCCUUCAUAACAUAUAAUCUGUUGAUUGCCAUAUCACCUUCCUUUGAUUUUAUGUCACAGGACAAUAAAGAUUAAUGCAUAAUUGUGAAAUUGAAAGAAUGUAGUAUAGUAUUUUUUUUUUAAUAAAAA